GUUACACGGCUAGUUUCUCCGACGUCCAAUUCUGGCUUGGAGCCGUACUUAUAGUUCUCGCGUGUGAAAUGGACCUAAUAUACUUUCAUAUAUUAAACGCUAUGGACAUAGAAUUACGUUAAAAGUGUUCUAUAAAUUGUGAUAGUGAUUUCUCAUUUAUAUUGUGUUGGUACGUUUUCAAAAUAGAACGAUGAGUUUGUGCCAAUUUUGUGUGUGAGUUGAGUUGUAAAUAAAUAACAUAUGAUUUCGCGCACAUUCUUUUUUUUUGGAAAAUGUUACUCUACUGACGGAUUCUGAUGUGCGUAGGAAACGAAUUUGACUUUUGGAAGCAUAUUGAUAACGUUUCAAGGAUAUUUGUUGACGAAAAUGGAAUAUAAAAUACAACGCUGACAGUUGAAAAAAGAAUAACAAAUUCUGAAUUCAAAUUUUAAAAACAAAAGAAAGUGUCAAUGUCACUGGCUGGAUAAAUAUUCAAACAUAAAAGGAAUGUCGCCGUUCUGAAUUUAAAAUUCAAAUUAAUUCUUAAAUAACGAUUUUUUAAUUGUGAUUGAUGGGUUUAUAAUUAUUAUAAUGUGCUAUGACGUCAUAGUACAAGAGACAAUCGUUCUGUUUUGCUCCACAAUUGAUUGACUGAGGAAGAUUUUCAUAAAAUUAUAAAAAAUGCAUACAACUCGUCCCGUAUUCGGUUCACACUCGGACACGUCAGCUAUCAAUAUAAAGAGUAUGGUGGCAGAACUCUUCACACAAAUGCGGGAGCCAUCUCCAGGUACGGCCAGCCCUAGAGGCUCCAACACCUCCCUCUCCAAUGGCGCGGUCACCAAGAACAUCGGCUUCCAACAGCAGAACAGCUCUGAACACCUACCAUGGAGCAGCCCUGCUAUUUCUUUGCCAGGAAACUGUAAUUCCAACUUGACAAGUGAAAAUCAGAACCCAAUGGGUCGUACGCUCAGCAAUGCGUCCGCGCUCACCUCGCUGUGUGCUGACCUGUCGGCUUCCGAUUCACACUUCUUUGAGGUUGCAUACAUCGGAAAGGUGAGGAUAUCGCAGCGGAAGGUCCCAGAAUCCUUAAUCGACGAUGCCCUCAUCAAGUUUGCUCAGCAUGAAGCGGAAAAAGCGAUGAAGCAGCGCCGACAUAGCUUACUAUCUUCUACUGGGACCUCAAUAUACAGUAGCAACGAUUCAAAAGAAAACUUAGAACAAGAUGAUAAUUCACCACCAAAGGACAUAUUUAAAAACCAUAGAAAAAUCCUAAUACCAAGCACAACUCCCUUAGAACCUGACAAGGCUUGGGCGAGUGCAGAAACUUUAAACGCUAAACCAGACCCAAAGAAAAUUGAUGAAGAAUUCGAUAUGUUCACUAAAGAACGAAUAGAAAAUAACACUAGAAAACCAACCACACCUUUAGAACCGAACGUCUUAGUCCUAAACGUACCAAAAAAUAAUUUAGACACAGUCAAAGAAGAGGACAAAUCGGAUAUUUUCUCCGUAAUAUCCGAAACAGCGUCUUCUAUAACGCAGUUUUGCGAAAAAUCCAAAUUGGAGGACUCGAAAAUGGACGCGAAAAGUCCAGAUUCGGUUGGGACUAAGCCAGAUUUUAGCCAGAAGGGAGAUUUAAGAGAAGAUAGUCCUGCGCCAAUGAAUUUUAAAGAAAUUAGCAGGAAGCCCGUUACAAUUGAAAGAAAGACGUUGAAUGAAAAUAAGCCGUUUUUGAGAGAUAGGUCUGCUUCUAUUGGGACGAUCAAUCAGAAGACGCCUAUAACUCAAUUGAUUGGAGAACAGAAUAGGACUAUGCUGUUUCAGGUCGGCAGAUCAGAACUCCGCCUUAUAAGUCCGGAUCGAAAACAAAUAUUGUUGCACAGAGCGUUCAAAGAUGUCGCCUCCUGCGUGUUAGGGAGGCUGAACAAGGAACAUUUCGGUUUUGUCUGUAGAGAAACCAAUGACACAUACGCUUGUUACGUUUUUAAAUGUGAGAGCGAUUCUGUGGCUUUAGAGUUGAUUAAUGCUAUAAAACAAGCAUUCGUCGCUCACGCCGACCUUUUGAAGAAAACGCGAGAGAAGUCACCGAACAUGACUUGUGAACACUGCCCUAUGUUGUGGUACCAUCGACUCUGCCAUGAUAUUGAAGGUAUGAACGACAAAAAGACUCAUGCGUUCAUCCUCCGCCGCAUCGAACAGCUGCCUGAAGAUGAACAGGACCUCAUCAUCACCAAGUACCAGGGUGGUACCAACCAUAUGUACGAGACGAGUGAGCACAACGCAUUCCUAAUGAUGUUGCUACGUGCGCACUGCGAGGCGAAGCAAACGAGGCAUGUUCACGACACUGCUGAAAAUAGGUCAGAGUUUCUAAACCAGUACUUAGGUGGCAGCACUAUAUUCUCCAAAGCCAGGCGUUCUAUUUCAAGCAGUUUCGAUCUCCUCAAACGGAAAGCAAGCAGAGAUGAUGGCACUCCACCUGUUAUUAAGAAGGAGACCUCCCCGCUCCCCACUCCAGUACCGAUAGUAUUGGACUCAGCAUCAGAAAGCAACCAGGACCUGCUGACUCCAGAAGUAGUCAGAAGCAAGAGUUUGUCACCAGCUGUAAUAGAAGAAGUGAAUCCAUCUCCUCGAUCCAACAUGACUCCCACUCCAGAAGAGAGUGAGGAGACAGCAGGAGAUUCCACGCCUGUCAACUCUCCUAUGAUGGAUAUUUUCCUCAAGGUGAGUGACAACCGCCCCGCUCAAGUGGAGGCCGGCAGCGAGAAUGAGGCUACUUGGAGACAGGCCAUCUAUGAGAAGAUUGUACAACCAGAAGUGCAGGUUGAAGGAGAGCUAACAGUUCUUCGGAAACCAUCAGGGCCUAAAGGGAAGAGGAGCAGGGAAGAACUGCGCCAGCUGUGGAAGAUGGCGAUAGACCAGACCAUACUACUGGUUAGGAUGGAGAAGGAGAAUGCUAGGCUUAAGGAAAGCGAGGAAUCAUCAGCAGUGCGGAGAAUAAAGCUGGAAUAUAAUGAACUGAGUAUUUGCGACGGAGGGGUCAGCUUAAUGUGGGACUCUCUGCUGUCUAGAGACCAUUCUCAACCAAUGGCUAAAGUCGACCGGCAUAUGUUGACCCAGGCUGUCAUACAAGGAGUGCCCCGCAUGUCCCGCGGCGGAGUCUGGUACUUCCUGGCGGAGCAGGCGUGUCUGCGCGGCCCGCCGCCCGACAUCAAGGCGUGCCCGCAGUACCACGCGCCAUACUCCGCGCUGCUGGCCGGGCUCACCAAGCAUCAACACGCCAUACUCAUCGACCUCGGCCGUACAUUCCCGAAGCACUCGUACUUCGCAUCAGCGCUGGGGCCGGGUCAGCUCGCUCUCUACAACAUACUGAAGGCAUACUCCUUGCUGGACCCUGAUGUCGGAUACUGCCAGGGUCUCAGCUUCGUGGCUGGAGUUCUGUUGUUGCAUAUGGAGGAAGCAGAAGCCUUUGUACUGCUUCGUCACUUGAUGUUCAGGCGUGGGCUGAGGAAGCAGUAUCUACCAGACAUGAGCGCUUUGCAAGUACAGCUGUACCAGCUAUCCCGUCUCCUCCGCGACCACGAACCAGAUCUGCACGCGAAGCUGGAGGCGCUGGACAUAUCCCCAGCAUUGUACGCAGCGCCCUGGAUGCUCACACUCUUCACCAGCCAGUUUCCUCUGGGAUUCGUUGUUAGAGUGUUUGACCUGAUAUUCCUGGAGUCCCUGGACGUAGUAUUCUCGGUGUCGCUGGCGCUGCUGUCGGCCCACAAGGACGGACUGAUGAUGUGCGAGAGCUGCGAGGAAGCCGCCGAGUACCUCAAACACAAACUGCCCGACAUGAACCGAGCUAUGUAUGAGAAGGUUAUGAAGAAGGUGAUAUCCCUAGACAUAAGCCGUCAGCUAUGUGACUACGCAGUGGAGUACGCCGUACUUAGAGAGGAGAUGCCUCGCCUCGCCACCCUCACUGAAGAGAACCGACAACUGCUCGAAGAUAAGGCCAGGAUGGGAGAGGAACUUGAUGAGGCAAUGGAUGCAAUAACAAACUACCAGAAGAACCAAGCGAGACUGGAAGCUACCAACAAAACACUAGAACAACAACUAACAUUACUCUCAAGAUACAUCUCGGCCAACCACAAGCAAGAUCUCCCGCUAGAAAUAAAAAAAAUCGUCCAAAAUCACAGCAAAAAAUUAACAUUCAAAAUAUUCUCGACAAAAUUCUCAAACGACGAACAACAAGAAGAUCCGCGAAAGAACUUCAAAACAGGCAUAAGUUCGCCGAAUCUAUUUGCGAAAAUUCGCGAAGACUCCCCCAAAGAAAUAGAUCAUGAGCGAAAACAAUUUAUGAUGAAAAAAUCCCAGUCAGUCCAUUCUGGUCUAAUCGCAAACAUGAAGAAUUAUCAUCUGAAAGUUUUAGACGAAAAAGUGGAAAAUAAAACGGAAAACAUAACAGAUUCUUUAAAAGAACUCGGUAAAAAGAGUUCCGGGUUUUUCGCGAGCACUCACGAACAGAUUCGGCAAGAAAGGCUAUUCGAACACCAAUUGAAGAGUAAUUUCGACGAAAAUCUAAGAAAAUUGGACGAAAAAUUGAAUGAAAAGUUGAAUCCGUCUUCUUAUAUGGACGAUCUAAGUAUGUUUCAGAGUAGGAAAAGUAUGUCUUUGAAUUUGACGCCUAUAAAGGAUGGUAAAGUGAAUGAUAGUGGGUUCGUUACCCCGUUGAGUCCUGAGGACAAGAAGGAAGAUUCUUGUUCUACAAUUUCUCAUCCGUUAAGCGAUUGUGAUGUGGAAAUUAAAUUUGAUGGACAGUCGACUAAACUAAAGCAGAUUAGACCUAUCAAACAUGUUGAAAAAUCUUAGUAAAUAGUUCUAAAGCCUUUUAUCGCCAACCCCUACUACACUCAAGCUUCCUUGUGCGAACUGCUAGGGAGUGGAACUCCUUGCCGGAGUCUGUGUUUCCUGAUGGGUAUAACUUGGGUGUCUUCAAAGCCCGAGUGAAUAGGUUGCUUAUGGGCAGACGUGCUCCAUCGUAGGCCGCAUCAUCACUUACCAUCAGGCGAGAUAGCGGCCAAACGUCGACCUAUCAAAUGUAAAAAAAUAAUUAAA